AUGGUUGAGAAGGCUUGUCUUAUUGUCAUCGAUGGCUGGGGUAUCAACGUCAACAAGGACGCCAAAGGCGAUGCCAUCCGUGACGCUGAAACGCCCGUCAUGGACGACCUGGAGAAGACGCAGGGGUUCACCUCGCUCGCCGCGCACGGCCGCGCAGUCGGUCUGCCGGCCGGUUUGAUGGGCAACUCGGAGGUCGGACACUUGAACAUUGGCGCUGGCCGUGUUGUUUACCAGGAUAUUGUGCGCAUCGACCUCGCGCUCGAGGAAAAGGAGUUCGGCACCAUCGAGGCGAUCAGCAACACAUUCGAGAACGCCAAGGCCACCACAGGGCGCCUGCACUUCUGCGGCCUGGUCUCGGACGGCGGCGUGCAUGGCCACAUCAAGCACCUGGUUGGGCUGCUCGAGGCUGCCAAGGAGGCUGGCGUGCCCGAGUCGUACGUGCACUUCUACGCCGACGGGCGCGACACCAGCCCGCGGUCGGCCACAAAGUACCUUAAGGAGCUGCUUGACGCCAUGGCCGCGCUCAAGUACGGCAAGAUCGCCACGAUCGUUGGGCGGUACUUUGCCAUGGACCGCGACAAGCGCUGGGAGCGGGUGCAGAUUGCGUUCGACGCGAUGACGCAGGGCACCGGCGAGAAGAGCAGCGACCCGAUCAAGACCAUCGAGGAGCGCUAUGCCCGUGACGAGACCGAUGAGUUCCUCAAGCCCAUCAUCGUUGACAGCGACGGCGUGGUGCGUGACAACGACUCGAUCUUCUUCUUCGACUUCCGGUCCGACCGCAUGCGCGAGAUCUCGCAGGCGUUCGGCAUCAAGCCGACCCCGUUUGACUCGCGCGUGCCCGACGGGCUGCACAUUGCGACGAUGACGCAGUACAAGGCCGACUUCCCGUUCCCGGCAGCGUUCCCUCCGCAGAAAAUGACCGACGUGCUGGCCGAGUGGCUGGCCAAGCAGGGCGUCGCGCAGGUGCACAUCGCCGAGACCGAAAAGUACGCGCACGUCACGUUCUUUUUCAACGGCGGCUCCGAAGCGCAGUUCAAGGGCGAGGACCGCGACCUGGUACCGUCGCCACGCGUGGCCACGUACGACCUUCAGCCGGCCAUGUCGUCGUGGGAGGUGUCCGACAAGGUCGCUGAAGAGGUCGGAAGCGGCAAGUACCCGUUCAUCAUGUGCAACUUUGCGCCGCCCGACAUGGUCGGCCACACCGGCGACUACGACGCGGCCGUCGACGCCAUCGCAGCCACCGACAAGGCCAUCGGCAACAUCUACGAGGCCUGCAAGCGCCACGGCUAUGCGCUGUUCAUCACGGCUGACCACGGAAACGCUGAGAAGAUGAUUUCGGACGAUGGACUGUCGCCGCACACCGCGCACACGUGCUCGCGUGUGCCCUUCAUCAUGGCCAACAGCGCCCGCGCCCGCUUUGGCGCCGACGACGACAAGCACGCGCUGUGCGACGUCGCGCCGACGCUGCUCGCAUACAUGGGCCUGGACAUCCCCGAGAGUAUGACUGGCCACUCGCUGCUGGCCUAA